ACUAAUAGUACAUCUUCUGCAAUUUGAGUUGCCUGUGACUAGAUCCUCCUUCUGCAAUCAAUAGUCGAGUACGAUGAAAGGUGAAUUAACAUAAACAAGCAAAUUUUAAUGCUACUUUUGUUUAUUUUCACAGUUUAAGGGAAUGUUGAUGAGCAAAAAAUUAGCACGAAAUUAGGGACAAUUUUUCCUUGAUACCCCGUUUCUUAAAUAAAUAAAACAAAAACCACUUUGACUUAGUUAUAUUCGUCACAAUGUAUAUAAUUCUAAUAUCAUUAAAAAAAAAAAAAAAAAAAAAAAGAGGAGGAUUACAAUUAACUUAUGUCGAAUUGCAUGUUGAUAAUUUUUUUUAUGAUUACUUAACCUUGUCACAGAAAACAUAAAAUAUCCUCAAAACCAUUUAUUUUGUCAAUCAAACAAGCACAAAAAAAUAUCACACGCAAAGCAAUCUUACGUGCUGAGCUAAUGAGUGAUGACGAUGCAAAUUCAGGAACACACCCCAAUAUAAAAAUUAAAAAAUAUAUACAAGAAGAAAAACGAUGAAAAACACUAAAUUCAAGAUACCAAAACACGCACUCACAAGUCAACUCUGAGUAUUGACAAUUUGUAAGUACAAAUUACAUCAAAAUCACAGAUUUUGAGCAGCAAAAUUUGAUUAAAAUGGGGAUUUUGAUGGACAUUCUGAAACACCCAGAUGAAUUAUACCCACUUUUGAAGUUGAAAAUGGCGGUCGAACAGGCUGAGAAGCAGAUCCCACAUCAACUUCAUUGGUGUUUCUGCUAUUCUAUGCUUCACAAAGUUUCCAGAAGUUUCGCUCUUGUUAUUCAUAAACUUGAUACUCAGCUCCGCAAUGCUGUUUGUGUCUUGUACUUGGUCCUUCGAGCCCUCGACACUGUAGAGGAUGAUACAAGCAUAGCUACAGAUGUCAAAUUGCCUAUUUUGAGAGCUUUUCACCAGCACAUAUAUGACAGUGACUGGCAUUUCUCUUGUGGUACAAUGGACUGCAAAGUUCUGAUGGAUGAGUUUCAUCACGUCUCAAUUGCUUUUCUGGAGCUUGAAAGAGGUUGCCAGGUGGUUAUUGAGGAUACGAUCAAAAUGAUGGGAGAAGGAAUGGCAAAAUUUAUCUGCAAGGAGAUAGAAACAGUUGGUGACUAUGAUGAAUAUUGCCACUAUGCAGCAGGACUUGUUGGAUUAGGGCUGUCAAAGCUUUUCCAUUAUGUUGGUUCGGAGGAUCUAGCUCCAGACAACCUUCCCAAUUCAACUGGCUUAUUUCUGCAGAAAGUAAACAUUAUUCGUGAUUACCUUGAAGAUAUAAAUGAGGUUCCAAAAGCUCGCAUGUUUUGGCCUCGGGAGAUUUGGAGUAAAUAUGUGAACAAACUUGAGGAUUUGAAGUGUGAAGGAAACUCAGAAAAGGCAGUUCAAUGUUUAAAUGAGAUGGUGACAAAUGCCUUGUUGCAUGUGGAAGAUUGCCUAAACUGCAUGUCUGCUUUACGGGAUCAUUCCAUACUCUGGAGCUGUGCUAUUCCUCAAAUUAUGGGCAUUGGAACUUUAGCUUUAUGCUACAACAAUAAUCAAUUCUUCAAACGUGCGGUAAAAAUUAGACGUGGUCUUGCUGCUGUAGUUUUUGAUCAGAUGAACACAAUGGCUGAUGUUUAUGGAGCCUUUUAUGAUUUCGUCUCGAUUAUGAAAACCAAGGUUGAUAAGAAGGAUCCAAAUGCUACAGAAACACUGAGCAGGAUUGAAGCAAUCCAGAGGAUUUGUAGGGAUUCUGGAACUCUAAAUAAAAGGAAAUUGCACAUGGUGAGGAAUAAGUCAGCAUACUCUUCAAUCUUGAUAAUGGUGUUCUUCAUUGUUAUGGCAAUCAUUUUUUCUCGCCUGUCUUCCAAUCGACAGAUUGAUUAAUUCUUACUCAGUGGUAACUGGUAUGGCUUCAUGUGCAGUUGUGCGGUGUGUUGUUGUAAGAAUAUACAGAGGUACUUAUGUUCUCUUGUUCGAAACGAGCUCCUGAAUCAUAGCAGCAAAACAAAUAUACAUUGCACAUAAAUCACUUAUGAGGGGAACGAUAUGGCACACGUCAUCAUUGAUGGUUUGUAGCUGCUUCGUAACAUUCUAAUAAGUUUGCUUGUAAGUUGGAAGUGCUGCUGAUGUAUUUUAAGGACCAUUUAGUCAUGUUCUAGUUUUGGCACAAACUUAAGUUUAAUCAUUGUUCUUUAGUCCAUUUAAAAAGAGACGACAAUUCUUCAUUCCUUCUUUUGUUUGGAUCUAUUUUUGUGAAUUGGGAAGCAUUUAAUUACUAUGGAGUACUAUUUUUA